AUGUCUCUGCUCCCUCCGGACGUCCACGCAGAGCUUUCACAGCUCCUGCAGGCUCUGCAGUCCUCGGAUAACACCAUACGAUCCCAGGCUGAAGAGCACCUGCAGAACAACUGGACUGCGACCCGACCCGAGGUCCUGUUGAUGGGCCUCGCUGAGCAGAUCCAAGCUGCGGGCGACAAUGCGACCCGUUCCUUUGCCGCUGUCAUUUUCCGCCGAAUCGCUUCAAAGACCCGAAAGAUCGAAUCUGGCGACAACGUGGAUCUUUUCCUGUCCCUGGCCAAGGACCAGGCGGCAGUGAUCCGCCAGAAGCUUCUCGAGACCCUCGCCGCCGAAUCUGAGCGUCUCAUUCGCAACAAGAUCAGCGAUGCUGUCGCCGAGGUUGCUAGGCAAUACACUGAGACUGGCGAGCUCUGGCCCGAGUUGCUAGGCGCCCUCUUCCAGCUUAGCCAAGCUCCCGAGCCCGAAAAGCGAGAAAACGCCUUCCGAGUCUUUGCUACUACUCCCGCUAUUAUCGAGAAGCAACAUGAGGAGGCGGUUCUUCAGGCUUUCCAGAAGGGCUUCAAGGAUGAGGCCGUCAUGGUCCGUCUGGCGGCCAUGGAGGCCUUUGCCUCUUUCUUCCGCACCAUCAACAAGAAGGGCCAGGCCAAGUACUACGCCCUUAUCCCUGAUGUCCUCAACAUUCUACCUCCGAUCAAGGAGUCGCAAGACUCCGACGACCUCAGCAAGGCCCUCGUUGCUCUUAUCGAUCUCGCAGAAUCUGCCCCCAAGAUGUUCAAGCCUCUUUUCCAAAAUCUAGUUCAGUUCAGUAUUUCGGUCGUUCAGGACAAGGAGCUGGACAACAUCUGCCGCCAAAAUGCUCUCGAACUCAUGGCCACAUUUGCCGACUACGCCCCUUCUGUCUGCCGCAAGGACCCCUCUUAUACCAACGACAUGAUCACUCAGUGUCUGAGCCUCAUGACCGAUCUCGGCGAGGACGACGACGAUGCUGCUGAGUGGAUGGAAUCGGAUGAUGAUGAAAGCGACCAGAACCAUGUUGCUGGCGAGCAGACGAUGGAUCGACUGGCCAACAAGCUUGGAGGCCAGACCAUUCUUGCUCCCACUUUCAACUGGCUCCCUCGCAUGAUGACUUCUAUGGCUUGGAGGGAUAGACACGCUGCCCUAAUGGCUAUCUCGGCCAUUUCUGAGGGUUGCCGAGACCUCAUGAUCGGCGAGCUUAGCCAGGUUCUUGACUUGGUGGUCCCCGCGCUCCGAGAUCCCCACCCCCGUGUGCGAUGGGCUGGCUGCAACGCACUUGGACAGAUGAGCACCGAUUUUGCUCCCAAGAUGCAGACCGACUACUAUGACCGCGUCCUGAAGGCCAUAAUUCCUGUUCUCGACUCCCCCGAGGGCCGCGUCAAGUCGCACGCCGCUGCUGCUCUCGUCAACUUUUGCGAGGAGGCCGAGAAGACCAUCCUGGAGCCUUACCUGGAUGACCUCCUGUCACACCUCUUCCAGCUCCUCCAGAACGAGAAGCGAUAUGUCCAGGAGCAAGCUCUUUCCACCAUCGCUACCAUCGCCGACGCUGCAGAGGCUGCUUUCUCCAAGUAUUACGACACCCUCAUGCCCCUGCUCGUCAACGUGCUCCAGAACCAGAGCGAGAAGGAAUACCGCCUUUUGAGGGCCAAGGCUAUGGAGUGCGCAACUCUGAUUGCCCUGGCCGUCGGCAAGGAGCGCCUCGGACAAGAUGCUAUGACCCUUGUCAACCUCCUUGCCAACAUUCAGACCAGCAUCACCGAUGCCGACGAUCCGCAAGCCCAAUAUCUUAUGCAUUGCUGGGGCCGGAUGUGCCGUGUUCUCGGGUCCGAUUUCCUCCCAUUCCUACACAAUGUCAUGCCUCCCCUGUUGGAGCUUGCUGUGGCCAAGGCUGACAUCCAGCUUCUGGAUGAUGAUGAGCAGGUUGAGCAGAUGCAGAAUGAGGAGGGCUGGGAGCUGGUUCCUCUUAAGGGCAAGAUGAUUGGCAUCAAGACAAGCACCAUGGACGAUAAGCAUAUGGCUAUCGAGCUCUUGGUCGUCUAUGCUCAAGUCCUCGAGGCCUCGUUUGCUCCCUAUGUCGCUAACAUCAUGGAGAAGAUUGCCCUGCCCGGUCUUGCCUUCUUCUUCCACGACCCCGUCCGCUACAUCUCCGCUAAGCUGGUUCCCCAGCUGCUGAGCUCUUACAAGAAGGCCUAUGGCCCCCAAUCCAACGAGCUCCGUGGGCUCUGGGCUGCUACUGUUGACAAGCUCCUCGAGGUUCUGACUGCCGAGCCUGCCAUCGACACCCUGGCCGAAAUGUACCAGUGCUUCUACGAGUCUGUUGAGGUUCUGGGCAAGGACUGCCUGACGCCCGUCCACUUGGGCCGAUUUAUUGACUCUGUCCACUCGGCUAUUGAGGAUUACAAGGACCGUGUUGCCCAGCGAGCUGAGGAUAAGGAGGGAGCUACCGCUGACGAUGUCGAGGAUGAGGCUGAAGAUACCUUGAUCGCCAUCGAGGACGACCAGACCCUCCUGUCUGACAUGAACAAGGCUUUCCAUGCCAUCUUCAAGAACCAUGGCGCCGCUUUCCUUCCCGCUUGGGAGCGUCUGAUGACGACCUACGAGGGUUUCCUGACCUCCCCCGACCCUACUCAACGCCAGUGGGGACUUUGCAUCAUGGACGAUGUGCUGGAGUAUUGCGGUCCGGAGAGCACACGAUACGCCAACUACAUCACCCAGCCGCUCAUUGAUGGCUGCCGGGACCCCUCAGCAGCUAUCCGCCAGGCCGCAGCCUACGGUAUCGGAGUUGCUGCGCACAGGGGUGGGGCCCCCUGGGCUCAGUUCCUUGGAGGCUCCGUUCCCUUCCUGUUCCAGGUCACCCAGGUGGCAGAUGCCCGAAACGAGGACAAUGUGUAUGCGACCGAGAAUGCUUGCGCAGCCAUUGCCAAGAUCCUGCACUACAACGCCAGCACUGUCGGUGAUGUCCAGAACGUCAUUACUCAAUGGGUAGAGACGUUGCCUGUGACCAACGACGAAGAGGCGGCGCCUUAUGCUUAUGCUUAUCUCGCUGAGCUGAUUGACCAGCAACAUCCAGCUGUGAUGAACCAGGCUGGCAAGAUCUUUGUCUUCAUCGCCCAGGCCCUCGAGGCGGAGACCCUCGUUGGACAGACGGCCAACCGUGUGGCUGUGGCAACCAAGGCACUUCUCACAACAGCGGGCGUGGACCCUACGCCGCUAUUGCAACAAUUUUCACCCGAGUCUCAGCGGACAAUCAUGGGUUUCUUCAACUAG